UUAAGAUGUCGGAAAAUCCUGUCGUUUCCGAUAAAAAACCAGGCCCAUCAAAAGACUCUUCCUUUUUCUCCGAUUUGUAUGACAAUUUGAAUCAAAACCCGUAUUUUAAUGCGGGAGCUGGUCUAGCGGGAAUAGGAAUAGCAAUGAGCUUUCUGCGGAGGACAGCUCAAAUCAGCAACACGUAUUUUCGUAGGCGUUUUAUGAUCAAUCUUCAAAUUAAUAACGAAGACGCAGCGUAUCCAUGGCUUCUCGAUUUCAUUAAUAAUCGAAGUGCUACCCAAACACGGAAUUUAUCAGCGAAUACAGUUGUUCAUCAAGCUGAAAGUGGCAAAACUGAAUUAUCAAUAUCAUUCCUACCUGGCCAUGGAACUCAUUUUUUCGUCCAUGAUUAUCGAUGGAUCAAAGUCGAAAGGCAGCGUGAAAAGCAAGUUAUCCAGCGAGACGGAAUUCGUACACCAUUUGAAACUGUCACAUUGACUACGUUAGGCUCAGAUGUGAAGUUUUUCAAACGGAUGCUCGAACAAUCUGCAAAAGAAGCCAUUGAUAACGCUGAAACGGGUCUUGUCAUCUAUCAAGCUGUUGGUCCACAAUGGAUUCGAUUUGGUGUUCCGAGGAAAAAGAGAGACAUUGAAUCAGUUAUUCUUGAUGGGAGAAUCUGUGAAGAGCUGGUUGAAGAUUUCCAAGAAUUUAUUAGUUCGGCGACAUGGUAUGCGGAUCGAGGAGUACCUUAUCGUAGAGGAUAUUUGUUUUAUGGACCACCUGGAACUGGAAAAAGUAGUUUUAUUUCCGCAUUAGCGAGUCAUUUUGGAUACAGUGUGUGUUUAUUGUCUCUAAGUGAAAGGACACUUGAUGAUGACAGACUGAACCAUCUAUUGAAUACAGCACCACCAAAUAGUGUUGUGAUCCUGGAGGACAUUGACGCAGCAUUCGUCAGUCGAGAAGAUCCCAUGUCCAAUCAUCCUGCAUAUCAAGGUCUAUCCAGAGUCACUUUUUCUGGUCUUCUAAACGCAUUAGAUGGUGUCGCUUGUGCUGAAGAGCGACUCACAUUUAUGACAACAAACUAUGUAGAACGACUAGAUCCUGCAUUGAUUCGUCCUGGACGCGUAGAUAGGAAACAAUAUUUCGGAAAUGCUACGGAUGGAAUGUUGAGCAAGAUGUUUUCACGAUUCUACCGACAACCUUCCGAUUCUGUCCUUGCUGAUGAAUUCGUGAAGAGAGUAUCCGAACACAAAACUGAACUGUCGCCAGCAAUGAUUCAAGGACAUUUUCUGAUGUACAAGCAGGAUCCUCGAGCGGCUCUCGACAACAUAAAGAACAUGUUCAAAACAGUAUAGGAGUUCACUAUAGUUUUAUUAACACGAUUUUUUUUGUUCUAGUCUUAGGAGAUUUUUUUUGAAUAUAAAUUAGUUGUUUUGUCUC